GAGGCGCGGGGAGGCGGCGGCCCGAACCCAGCCCCAGCCCCAGCCCCAUGGCGCGCAGGGACGCCGGCCGCGGCCCCGGGCUCCUCGCGCUGACCUUCUGCCUGCUGGCCGCGCGCGGGGAGCUGCUGUUGCCCCAGGAGACGACCGUGGAGCUGAGCUGUGGCGUGGGGCCCCUGCAAGUGAUCCUGGGCCCAGGGCAGGCCACAGUGCUGAACUGUAGCCUGGGUGCGGCUGCCGCCGGACACCCCAACAGGGUGAUCUGGAUCAAGGAUGGGGACGCCCUGCUGGAGCAUGAUCACCUACACCUGCUGCCCAAUGGCUCCCUGUGGCUGUCCCAGCCACUAGCACCCAAUGGCAGUGACGAGGCGGUCCCCAAGGCUGUGGGGGCCAUUGAAGGCAGCUAUUCGUGCUUCGUCCACGGCCCCCUCGGAGUGCUGGCCAGCCAGCCUACUGUCGUCAAGCUCGCCACACUCGCAGACUUCUCUCUGCACCCGGAGGCUCAGACGGUGGAGGAGAAUGGGACAGCUCGCUUCAGGUGCCGCAUUGAAGGGCUGCCGGCUCCCGUCAUUACUUGGGAGAAGAACCAGGUGACAUUGCCUAAAGAGCCUCGGCUCAUCACGCUUCCCAACGGCAUCCUUCAGAUCCUGGAUGUUCAGAAGGGUGAUGCGGGCUCCUACCGCUGUGUGGCCACCAACUCAGUUCGCCAGCGCUUCAGCCAGGACGCCUUACUCAGUGUGGCCCGCAGAGGGUCCCUGGCAUCCACCACAGGGCAGGGCAUGGUCAUUGUGGCAGCCCCAGAGAACACCACUGUGGUGUCUGGCCAGAUUGUGGUGAUGGAAUGUGUGGUCUCAGGUGACCCCACCCCUCUUGUGUCCUGGAUCCGAAAAGACGGGAAGCCCAUCUCCGCGGAUGUCGUCGUGCUGGGCCGCACCAACCUGCUCAUCGCCCACGCGCAGCCCCGGCACUCGGGCAUCUACAUCUGCCGAGCUAACAAGCCCCUCACGCGCGACUUCGCCACGGCCUCGGCCGAGCUCCGCGUGCUGGCGGCUCCCGCCAUCUUGCAGGCGCCCGAGGGGCUGUCGCGGACCCGGGCGAGCACCGCGCGCUUCGUGUGCCGCGCGUCGGGGGAUCCGCGGCCCGCGCUGCGCUGGCUGCACGACGGGGCUCCGCUGCGGCCCAACGGGCGCGUCAAGGUGCAGGGCGGCGGCGGCAGCCUGGUCAUCACGCAGGUCGGCCUGCAGGACGCCGGCUACUACCAGUGCGUGGCCGAGAACCGCGCGGGGGCGGCGUGCGCGGCCGCGUCGCUGGUCGUGGUGGUGCGCGAGGGGCUGCCCAGCGCUCCCACGCGGGUCACGGUCACGCCGCUCAGCAGCUCCGCCGUGCUGGUGGCCUGGGAGCGGCCCGAGCGGCACAGCGAGCAGAUCAUCGGCUUCUCCCUUCACUACCAGAAGGCCCGGGGCAUGCACAAUGUGGAAUACCAGUUUGCAGUGAACAACGACACCACGGAACUACAGGUUCGGGACCUGGAGCCCAACACAGAUUAUGAGUUCUACGUGGUGGCCUACUCCCAGCUGGGGGCCAGCCGCACCUCCACCCCCGCACUGGUGCACACACUGGAUGAUGUCCCCAGUGCAGCACCCCAGCUCUCCCUGUCCAGCCCCAACCCCUCGGACAUCACGGUGGAGUGGCUGCCCCUGCCCCCAAGCCUGAGCAAUGGGCAGGUGGUGAAGUACAAGAUAGAAUAUGGUUUGGGAAAGGAAGAUCAGACUUUCUCCACCGAGGUGCCAGGAAAUGAGACACAGCUUACGCUGAGCUCACUUCAGCCAAAUAAGGUGUAUCGAGUACGGAUUUCUGCUGGUACCGCGGCCGGCUUCGGGGCCGCCUCCCCGUGGCUGCAGCACAGGACGCCCAGUGUGUACAACCAGAGUCACGACACCCAAAGGGGGCCGCCCCUGCCCCCAGCCCACGUCCAUGCGGAAUCAAACAGCUCCACAUCUAUCUGGCUUUGGUGGAAAAAGCCAGACUUCACCACAGUCAAGAUUGUCAACUACACUGUGCGCUUCAGCCCCUGGGGGCUCAGGAAUGCCUCCCUGGUCACCUAUUACACCAGCUCUGGAGAAGACAUCCUCAUUGGGGGCUUGAAGCCAUUCACCAAAUACGAGUUUGCAGUGCAGUCUCACGGCGUGGACGUGGAUGGGCCUUUCGGCUCCGUGGUGGAGCUCUCCACCCUGCCCGACCGGCCCUCCACACCCCCAUCCGACCUGCGACUGAGCCCCCUGACACCGUCCACUGUUCGGCUGCGCUGGUGCCCCCCCACAGAGCCCAAUGGGGAGAUCGUGGAGUAUCUGAUCCUGUACAGCAACAACCAGACGCGGCCUGAUCACCAGUGGACCCUGCUCACCACAGAGGGAAACAUCUUCAGUGCUGAGGUACAUGGCCUGGAGAGCGACACUCGGUACUUCUUCAAGAUGGGGGCGCGCACAGAGGUGGGGCCUGGGCCUUUCUCCCGCCUGCAGGAUGUGAUCACGCUCCAGGAGAAGCUGUCAGACUCGCUGGACAUGCAUUCAGUCACGGGCAUCAUCGUGGGUGUCUGCCUGGGCCUCCUCUGCCUCCUGGCCUGCAUGUGUGCUGGCCUGCGCCGCAGCCCCCACAGGGAAUCCCUCCCAGGCCUGUCCUCCACCGCCACCACUGGGAACCCCACGCUGUACGCCAGAGCUCGGCUUGGCCCCCCCAGUCCCCCAGGGGCCCAUGAACUGGAGUCCCUUGUGCACCCCCAUCUUCAGGACUGGUCCCCGCCGCCCUCAGAUGUGGAGGACAGGGCUGAAGUCCACAGCCUUAUGGGUGGCGGUGUUUCUGACUGCCAGGGUCCCUCCAAGAGAAAGAUCUCCUGGGCUCCGCCAAUCGGGCCGAGCUGGGCGGCUUCCUGGGCAGGCUGUGAGCUGCCCCAGGCAGGCCCCCGGCCAGCUCUGACCCGGGCUCUGCUGCCUCCUGCUGGAACUGGGCAGACGCUGUUGCUGCAGGCUCUGGUGUACGAAGCCAUCAAGGGCAAUGGGAGGAAGAAGCCACCCCCCACCUGCAAGAACCAGGUGGAGGCCGAAGUUAUCGUCCACUCCGACUUUAGUGCAUCUAAGGAGAACCCUGACCUCCAUCUCCAAGACCUGGAGCCUGAGGACCCCCUGCGUCCGGAGGCACCUGAUCUCAUCUCGGGUGUUGGGGAUACAGGGCAGGGGGCAGCCUGGCUGGAUAGGGAGCUGGGAGGGUAUGCGCUGGCAGCCCCGGGGCCAGACAGACUCACCUGCUUGCCAGAGGCAGCGAGUGCUUCCUGCUCCUACCCGGACCUCCAGCCAGGCAAGGUGCUGGAGACCCCUGGAGACAGCUGCCAGCAGAGUCCCUGCCCUCUAGGAGCCAGCCCAGGCCUGCCUGGAUCCCCAGUUUCCUCCUCUGCCUAACUCCUCCCAGAGGGUGUGGCUCUGGGCAGGCAGGUAUGGAUCACACAGGAUUCGACACCUGAGGCCAUGCAUGUCCACAUGGGUGCCUGUAGAUACAUCGUCAAGCCCUUUGGAGCUUCCUAAGGUGCUUUGGCUGGGAGGGGAGAGGAAGAAAUGGAUUAUUUACUCCCCCCAUACUCUUUGUGAUACACAU